AUAAAAAAAUGAUUACCACUUGUCUUUUCUCUCCCACAGGAUAGGGACUUGAAUGAGUAGGAGAGAGAGAACACAAACUUUGAUUAAUCACACUCUUUUGUUGCUUUCUCUCUUACCCUCCUCCCUCUGUGUUGCCAUUGUUGACCAAAUUCCAUACUUACCCCAAUUCUAUACUUACAUAUAUACACACAUUAUUAUUUAUAUACAGUGAGAACGCAGUCAUUACAUGGGUCUCAUUUUCUUGUAAAAAAGGUCAGACCUUUGUUAACUUUAGUCAAUCUUGCAGUUUUGUUUAUUUGGUGGCUCUUGGGAUCAUUUGCUCAUUUGGGUUCUUGUUUAAGUAGGGCAACCGACAGUUUGUGUUUGUGUUUUUUAAGAUUGUUUUUGUUGUUUUGUUAUGUUGCUGAGGAAUCAAUUUGGAAUAUCUCAAUUGGGUACUCUUGAUAUGUUGUUUUUUAUGUGUGUGUCUGUGUGAAGAUUGUUUUUUGAGUGUUUGUGUGAUUGGGUUUUUGUGUUAUUGGCCUAAAGUUUGGAUUUUUUUGAUCUGGGGUGGUUCUGAAUUUUUGUUUUUGUGGGUUUUUAGGGUUUUUUUUGUUGUUGAGUUGAGGACAAUUGAGGGAUGAAAGGAAAGAUUGGGACUUCGAGUAGUUACUUUGUGUUGAAUACUGGGGCUAAGAUUCCGGCUAUAGGGCUUGGGACUUGGCAGAGUGGUGGUGAUCUUUGUGUUGAAGCAGUAAAGACUGCGUUAUCUGUCGGUUACCGACAUAUAGAUUGUGCACAUCUUUAUGGGAAUGAGGUUGAAGUCGGUGAAGCGUUGGCUGAAGCUUUUAAAGGUUCAUUGAAAAGAGAGGAUCUUUUCUUGACCUCUAAGUUGUAUUGUACUAAUUCGAUUAAUAAAAUUGAGAAAGCUGUCAGAGUUUCGCUGAAGAAUCUUGGAGUGUCGUAUUUGGAUCUUUAUUUGAUGCAUUGGCCUGAGAGCUUUGCGUUUGGGGAUGCUACUGACCCUCCCGCUCAAAGUGGUAGUGAAUAUAGGCAAUUUUUGAACCGGCUUAAAUCAACAUGGAAAGCGAUGGAAGAUCUGAUUCAGUUGGGGCUUGUUCGAGCAAUUGGAGUUAGUAAUUUCAGUCUGCAGCAGAUGAAAGAGUUGCUUAAAUUUGCCAAAAUUGUUCCAGCAGUUAAUCAGAUGGAGUUGCAUCCAUUCUGGAGGCAAGAAGAACUUGUCAAAUUCUGUCAGUCAAAAGGUAUUCAUGUAUCUGCUCACACACCAUUAGGAGUACCAGCCACCAGUCCCACUCUCUCUGAAAGUGGAUCGGGUGAGGAAGAUGAACCUGGAACCCCACGCCUUUGUUUUAGAAGGUCAAGAUCAGUUCAUGGGCCGAUGUUAAAAUUGUCAGUUGUCGCUGAGAUAGCAGACAAGCAUAAAAAGACACCAGAGCAGAUUAUUCUGCGGUGGGGUCUUCAGAGAGGGACGAGCGUACUGCCUUGUAGUGUAAAGCCUGAUCGCAUAAGAAAAAACAUAGACAUUUUCAGUUGGUCGUUAUCAGAUAGCGAGUGGAACCGCUUGAACCAGAUAGAGCCACAGGUAUGCUUAUUUGGGAAUGGCUUUGUGACUAACUUUUCCGACAGUGCGUUUGUUCAUGGUAGUGGUCCGCUUCAGGCAGUGAAUGAGAUGGAUGAUGAUGCUGAGUCCAUUCUUGAUAUUUAGCUCUAUGCUUUCAGUUUUAUCCAUAAGACUUGUUGAUGUAAUUUUGUGUGAUAUGCUUGUUUGUUGUCAGCUUUGUUUUCUUUGCUGGAUGUUAGUACAAACUACGUAGUCAAAGGGAGACGUCUUUAACAAAAACUGAUUUUGUGAAAAUGUUUUCUUGUCGUUCA